AUGGGAUGCUUUUGCUUCCAAGGUAGAAAGAAGAGAGAUGAAAACAAUUACAAGAAGAGAGAUGAGAACAAUUACAAGAAGAAAGACGAAAAGAAUUACAAGAAGAGCGAAGGAUUUCAAGGUACGCGUAAAAGUCAUGCCUCUAAAGCAAGCACAAGUAGAGUCAGAGGUGGUGAUUCUGCCAAAGACGGUGGAAUGGCUAUUAUGAUGGGUGCUUUUGCACCAGCAAUCGCCGCACAUGGAGGGGGCUGUGGUGGACACCAUAAUGGACAUGGAAGUGGGGGAGGAUACGGUGGUGGUGGAUGCGGUGGCGGCGGCGGUUGCGGAGGAGGCGGCGGUUGCGGAGGCGGCAGCUGA